AUGGAAGCACAAACCACAUGCCAACCAGCAUCUGACAAUCUGAAUGUUUUACAAAUCAAUGACUCUUAUGAUGGUAGAAGUUGUUUUACUGAUCUAGACAGUUAUGGGGAUGAGUCUGGACUGUCCUUUGGGAGUAUAAUCCUCUCCAUAAUAUUGAUACUCAUUACUUUAGCCACUUUCAUGUCCAAUGCAUUUGUAAUUGCAACCGUCUAUCAGACAAGAAAAUUGCACACACCUGCCAACUAUCUCGUAGCUUCUCUUGCCUUCACAGAUCUUUUAGUAUCGGUUCUUGUUUUGCCAAUUUCCUCACUGUAUACAGUAACUGCAAAAUGGACUUUGGGGCAAAUAAUAUGUGAUUUUUGGUUAUUAUCGGAUAUCACUUGUUGCACUGCAUCCAUUCUGCAUUUAUGUGUCAUAGCAUUGGACAGAUACUGGGCAAUCACAGAUGCAGUUGAAUAUACUAAGAAAAGGACUCCAAAAAGGGCAGUUGUUAUGAUUGCUUUGGUGUGGGUCUUCUCCAUUUCAAUUUCAAUGCCCCCUCUGUUUUGGCGUCAAUCAAAAGUAGAAGAGCUUGCAGUCUGUUCAGUGAAUACAGAUCAUGUCCUGUAUACUGUUUAUUCCACCGUUGGAGCAUUUUAUCUCCCUACAUUACUUUUAAUUGCUCUUUAUGGAAGAAUUUAUGUUGAAGCAAGAUCUAGGAUUCUAAAACAAUCGCCAAAGACCACAGGCAAACGACUGACAAGGGCUCAUCUAAUCACAGAUUCCCCUGGAUCUUCAUCUGUGUCCUCUAUUAACUCAAGGGCUCAGGAUAUGUCGAGCGAAACAGGGUCUCCAGUAUAUCUGAACCAGGUCAAAGUUAAAGUGUCAGAUGCUCUUCUGGAAAAGAAGAAAAUAAUGGCAGCUCGAGAAAGAAAGGCUACCAAGACUUUGGGAAUAAUCCUUGGAGCCUACAUAGUGUGUUGGUUGCCAUUUUUCAUCAUCUCGUUGGUUAUGCCUAUUUGCAAAGAAGCUUGUUGGUUUCAUCCUGCUAUAUUUGACUUUUUCAACUGGCUGGGAUAUCUUAAUUCUUUAAUAAAUCCAAUAAUAUAUACUAUGUCAAAUGAGGACUUCAAACAGGCGUUUCACAAACUCAUCCAUCGUUUUAGAUGCCGGUCCUGAAAUUAGUUUCAUUGUAUAGCUCAAUGCCACAUGAAUGCACUUGUUUGGGUCUGAUGUUACAGAACCAAGUCGAUAUUGUAAAGAAUCACUGCCUGAAACUCCCCAUCCUGAGUUGUCAGACUCAUGAAUGCUGCUGAGCAAAAACGUCAAUACAUACUGUGCCAUCCUACUGUUCAGCCAAGCAUUUCACUCUCAUGACUCUUGCAAUGACGCUUGCUUAACUAUUCAAUCAUGUCACAUGCAAAAGAGGGCAACUACAAUUCAAUGCUUACAUUUGACAUCUGGAUUGGAAAAUUAAAUGCAGACAACGAAUUAAUUAUAUAUAAAUCUAUUUUUUAAAAACUUUGUACUCCAGCCCUUGAACUAAUUUUAUUGGAGAUGAGUCUGGAAAUUCAACCAUGCAGGCUGUAGGGGUGUGCAAAUGAGCACAAUUGUUAUGUUCUAGUAUGUAUGUGUCUUGUUCAUGCUUACAAUUUUCUUGUGUAAGGAUGAAAGGCUAAUUUAAAAAA